AUGACAGCCAGCAAAUCGAAUGGCACAAAAAGGCUUGAGCUAACAUCUGGUCUUUCCAUCAGUACAAGUGCAAAUCGAUGUAUGAACAUGCAAAGAAUGCAAAAUGUCCUUGUAAUUUGGCUGGACAACAACAUUAAUGAUAAUAAUACUGAUUAUAAUAAUACAAUCAAGCAAUUAAAAUGUGUUGUUAACAACGUAAACACGCUUACCGAUGUUGAAAAAUGUAUUGAAUUUAUUGAAACCAUUACCAAUAACAACGUAUGUAUGAUUGUUUCUGGUUCACUUGGGAAACAUAUUGUACCUCGUGUGCAUAAUGUCCCCCAAGUAGAUACUAUUUUUAUUUUUUGCAACAAUCAGGAAUGGCAUAAACAAUGGGCGAAAGAAUGGCCUAAAAUAAAAGGGGUUUUUACAGAUAUAACAUCAAUCUGUGGAGCUCUUAAACAAGCUGCUCACCAAUGUGAGCAUAAUACCACAUCAAUCAGCUUUGUGGCACCAAACAAAGAGUUGGAUCAAUUAGAUCCAUCAUUUAUGUAUACUCAAAUCUUGAAAGAGAUCCUAUUAACCAUCAACUUCGAAGAUAAACAUUUCAAAGAAUUCAUUAUUUAUUGUCGUGAAGUAUAUGAAGAUGAUGAAAAUGACUCAAAAAAUGUUAAUCAAUUACAAGCAACAUACAAAAACAAUAUACCUAUAUGGUGGUAUACAUGGGAUGCAUUUUUAUAUCGUAUGCUCAAUCAAGCAUUAAGAUUAAUGGACGUUGAUAUUAUUAUUCGAAUGGGUUUCUUUAUUAAUGAUCUACAUCGUGAUAUUCAACGACUCCAUUCAGUGCAACUUGACAGUCCUGCAUCAAGUAGAACAUUUACAGUUUAUCGUGGACAAGGUCUCUCGAAAGUCGAUUUCACUGAAAUGACAGAAACUAAAGGUGGACUUCUUUCAUUCAAUAAUUUUUUAUCAACUAGUAAAAACCGUGAUAUUUCUCUUAGUUUCGCCCAACAAGCUGCUACAAAUCCUGAUCUUGUUGGAGUUUUAUUUGUUAUAUCAAUUAAUCCGACUGAGUCAACAACUCCAUUUGCAUCUGUUAGUGACGUUAGUUAUUUUCAUACGGAAGAUGAAGUUCUCUUCUCUAUGCAUACCGUUUUUCGUAUUGAGGAUAUUCAACCAAUGGAUGAAAAUAAUCAUCUCUAUCAAGUGAACCUAACAUUGACCAAUGACAAUGACCAAGAUCUUCGUGCUCUUACUAAUCGUACACGACAAGAGACCUUUCCAGAUGAGGAAGGAUGGUACAGAUUAGGCCAAUUGCUAAUUAAAAUGGGUCAAUUUACCAAAGCUCAAGAAAUUUAUCAAGUUUUACUUCCUCAAGCAAUAAAUGAGAGUGACAAAGCAAAUAUUUAUUAUCAACUGGGUCGAAUCAAAUAUUUUCAAGGACAAUAUCAAGAAGCACUUUCUUUUUAUGAGAAAGCUCUUAAAAUUCGAGAACUAUCACUUCCCUCUAACCAUCCUGAUUUGGGUGGUUCCUAUAAUAACAUCGGAUUAGUGUAUGGCGGCAUGGGUGAUUAUCCAAAAGCACUUCUAUCUCAUGAAAAAGCCCUUGCAAUUCAACAACAAUCACUUCCUUCUAAUCAUCCUGAUUUGGUUAAGUCUUAUAAUAACAUCGGUUUGGUAUAUUACAACAUGGGUGAUUAUUCAAAAGCACUUUCAUCUUUUGAAAAAGCCCUUGCAUUUCAACAACAAUCACUUCCUUCCAAGCAUCCUGAUUUGGGUGGUUCCUAUUACAAUAUCGGUAAUACGUAUAGAAACAUGCGUGAUUAUUCAAAAGCACUUUCUUAUUAUGGAAAAGCUCUUGCAAUUCGAGAACAAUCACUUCCUUCCAAUCAUCCUGAUUUGGGUAGUUCCUAUAACAACAUCGGUGUAGUGUAUGAGAAUAUGGGUAACUUUUCAAAAGCUCAUUCAUUUUAUGAACGUGCUGUAAAAAAUGGACAACAAUCAUUACCAUCAAAUCAUCCAUCUCUUCAACAACGGUUGUUCGUUCUAUAUAGUAUGGCUGCUACUGAUACUACAAAACCUCCCUCAUUCGGGUUUUCUAGCCAAUCAUCCAGAUUUCAAAAACUUGGUAUACACCCUGAAUUACUAACUCGUCUUCAACUUCAAAGUUCACCAAAUGUUGGACCAGGCACUUAUGAAUUAAUGCAAUAUGGUGAUUUUAGCGAUAAAAAUAUUGAAAAACGUGCACAAGGUCCAAAUUGGCAACAUGCAUUAUAUACAGAACAAAUGGCUAAAAUUCCUCAUUCAUCAUUUAAAGAAACAUAUGAAAGAAGAAAAGAAAAUGAAAGACGUAUUGGUCCUGGUACCUACCCCAUUAAUGAUUUUUUAACAGAAGCUGAUCGACGACCACGUUGUAUACGAGGUGAACUUGAUCAAUUGACACCUCGAUUUCCCAAAGAAAACUUAAGUAGAGCACCACCACCUGGUGCUUACGGUAUUGCCGAUGAAAAACUUCAAGAAAAACGUUGGAAACAAGGAAGUACUGUUCCUUCAUUUGAUUGGAGUCAAGGUACAAGAACAUUACCACUUGAAGGUUCAAAAAUUGGUCCUGGAACAUAUAAUAUUAAAAGUUCAGUUGAUGAAUUAAUUCAAAAACGUGUUAGUGAAAAAGGUCCUUAUCAAUUAUUUACAAUAAGUCGUUCAGCACCGAUAUCAACUGGACAUUAUGCUGUUCUUGAUACAUGGGAUUUAUCACCUGAUUUUCCAUCAAAACAUUUUCCUGAAUCUACAUCAUCCGUUUAUCAAUUAUCAAAAAAUAAACAUGGAGCAUUUAGUAAAUUAAGUCGAUUUCAAAAGAAACCAACUGAUCGAGUAUCUAUUGAACAUCCAGGACUUGAACCAAAAAAUAUUGAUUUUCCUGGACCAGGUGCUUAUGCAGUAACACGCCCAUGGGAGCAGCAUGAUUAUCAUACGAAAAAAGUUCCAUUUAAUACUUCCUCAUCAAGAAAUGAUAAACGUUCCUUUACUAAUAUAGCUGGCAAUCAAACAAUAGGUGUUGGUAGAUAUAAUCUUAUAUCACCAGUUAGAGAUGAAACAAUAGCUGAUAGACGUAAGCGAUCUAAACGACGAAUUCCAUUUUCUUCAACUUCAUCACGAUUCGCAUCAAUGGAUAGGGAAUCAUUAUUAACCGAGCGUUUAAAACCACAGAAUCUUCGAUCUGAACAACGGAUACAAUUAUAUUCGAAAGGUCGUAUAACAACAUAA